UCCUGCGUUGCCCCCGCCGCAGCCCGUUUCACCGGCCGUCCUGUAUUCCAGGCACCGGCAUCUUCAGUGUGGGCACCUGGCAGUGACAGCUUGCGGCUUCACAGCCGGGUGCCCACUGCUCAUGCACGAGUAGCACUGCACUUCCUGAAUGGUCCUGUAGUCUUCUGGGACCUGUCACAUGUCCGAAAAGACUUUGGGGAGGGAGGGGGGAGGACAACUUCCACUUCCGAUCGCCUAGGCGAUUGCAGCGGACGUGGGAGCGGGUACCUGUCAAAUUCGGGUACUCGCUCCCCCCCCCCUGCCCCCCAAAGGUGCCAAUCCUUAAUGGGGAGCGGGGGAGCAGUCCUUAAAGUGGAACUUCCCCUUUUGAGUGGAGCUCCG